AUGUACCACAAUAUGCAAUACGGCCUCAUGCUUAACGAAGGCAGACUCAAAUGUAGCAAAUUCUUGGUCUCUUAUACCAAAAAAAUUGAAGUUCACGAUAUUCUGGAUCUACCUAAAUGGAUACCUAGAGCAAAGAAGCAGAGCUCUAAAAGGACUGUUCCUAAAGCUAAAUGUUUAACACGUGUUCAGCCGUCUACUUCCAAACUGCAAAGUAACCACACACCACAACAGCCAAAACAAAACUUGCAAGAACAACAGUCAAGGGAGAAGAAAGAGAAAAGGAUUCAAUCAAUUACGAUGUCGGAGACACCAGGUCGCCCUAUGAAAUUCCCUUACACGUUUUCAGCGAAGGUAGCACAAUUCCCGCUGAAAUUUUACAUCCAGAAUCAAUGGAUCUGGCGUUACUGGUUCAUUAGUUUCGGCGUGUGUCUUCCAGUUUUCUACAAGAUUCACAAAAUGGCGAACUCACCCGAGAAUGUCAGCAAAUGGGCUGAAAUAAGAAGGAAGGAAGCUGCUGAGCACCAUCAUUAA